AUUAUUAUCAACGGUCAUUUACACAUUUGUAAUACUCAGACAUAAUAACAGGGGCUCCAGUUGUUUAAUGCACCCAAGAAGAACAGAAUAAAAAAAAAAAAGAAUUCAAAUAAAAAAGUGGUUCCGCGCAUGCGUACUGCUGUUGAGAAGCACAUUUCGAUGGAUAGCACAACUCGACAGAACACCGGCAACAUGGAGGUUUCCACGGUGGAAGCGGACUCCAGCGAGCCAGUCCGGGUCCCUGAAAGUGUCCUGCGACGGGACCAGGAGAGACAGGAGGAGUUAGAGCGCCGGAGAACCGCAAAGGAGAGCCAGUCUGUCUCUGAGGAGAACGUGGCUUACUUCAGCGCGACUUUCAGCGCGGAGAAGGCCGCUAUAGAGGAGCUGAUCUCCGGCUGUUCCAGCGCUGAGCAGGGGAAAACCACCACCGCAGUGUUGGAGGAAGCCAUCCUUAAAACCCAGCAGCUGCAGAAGUUCCUAAACGACAGCACGAUGUUCCUCACGCAGUAUGAGCUGAGGCAGGCACAGGCCUCCCUGCAGAAGCUCCAGGCUUCUAUCGCAGAGCUGAAGCCUAAGAAGAAGUUUGCUUUCAGGCCUCGUAAUGUUGGGAGCGGCUCAAGUCAGCAGCCAGCAGCCACCCCAGUGUCCUCUGGCUGUACAGAGAAACCAGGCACAGGUUCUGGUGGUAGUGGUGGUGCUGCUGUUGCUGUGGUGGAUGGUACUGUUAGAGUGGAUACUGGACAGUGUGGCUUCUCUAACGCACAAAAUGAAGUUUUGAUCAGACGCUCAGAUGAGAUCCAGCAACGUGACGUGCUGCUGUCCCACCUAACCAACUGCAAGGUGAGGCUGUUUGGGUCUCCAAGCACCUUGCACAUCAAGAACAUCCAAAACUGCCAGAUCCUCAGUGGGCCAGUGUCAAGUUCUGUGUUCAUUGAUGAGUGUUCAGGCAGCAUUCUUGGCUUUGCCUGUCAGCAGCUGCGCACUCACAACACCACAGACUCUCAGAUUUACCUCCAUGUCACUAGCCGAGCCAUCAUAGAAGACUGUCAAGGAGUCCAGUUUGCUCCAUUCAGCUGGACAUAUGAGGGCAUGGACAAUGAUUUUACAAUAUCUGGACUGGACCCCAACAGAAACAACUGGUCCCAGGUAGAUGACUUCAACUGGCUUGCUGCUGGAAUGCCCUCACCCAACUGGAAUGUAAUUCCAGAGGCUGAGAGGAUAUCUUCAUGGGACACAGCUGAGCCAACUUCAUAAAAACUCUUUCUCUGUGUUUGUUGUUCUUCAGACUAAGUGAUGCAACCAAAUGCUCUUAUUCUACUCUUGUAGAUCUCUCACUAAAUAAAUAAAACAACACCUGUUUAAUAAAAUAACAACGCAGACAGUUAUUUCAUAUUUACAAGUUUACAAAUACUUUUCUGCUCGGACCUGAACUGCACUGUCAACAAUAAUUGCCUGUCUUCACAUAUGUGCCACUGGAAGCUAAACACUAAUACAGAUGUUGCACUUCCUACCAGUCAUGUCUCCAUGAUCCUGCAUGAUUAAUAUUGAAUGAAUCCUGACAAACUAAUUCAAGGAUUCAAGGAGAUUUUUGUCAUUCGCAUCACAUGUGGUACAUGAGGUGGAACGAAAUUGUGAUCUCACGAUCCAGUUUUACACCCAAAGAGCUGUUAUUAAUAGAUAUAUAGAUAAAAAAAAAGAAUACAAUAAAAGAAAUAGAAUAUAUAAUAUAUACAAAAAAAAUAAAUAAAUAGAGAGUAGAAGGUUCAGCAACAUGAAAUCCAGAGUGCAAGUAUGCUAUAGCAGCAUGAUAAUGUGAAUUAGAGCAGUGGAGAUAAAGUGUCUCAGUGCAAGUAAAGUGACCAUGUUCGUAAACAGUAAUUUGUCCUUAGUGUCAUUGCAGUGUGUUGUUAAGAUGCAAAACUGACACAUUUCACUUAACUUUGUGGUACAGUGGCUUAUGAUAAAGUACUUCAGGCUUCAUUUCAUUUUUUAAUUCAGUCAAUAUAAAGAACAUGGGCUGUUACACUUUCAUUCUCAGCCAAUUGAUGCUAAACAAAAUAAAAUGUUAAUUUUCCAAAA